AUGCCGUUCGGCCAGUUGGUCAUCGGGUCACCGGGUGCAGGAAAGACGACAUAUUGUGAUGGCCUACAUCAAUUCCUAACAGCAUUAGGCCGACCAAUCUCUAUCGUAAACCUAGAUCCGGCAAAUGGGAAGCGGUUGCCGUACGAAUGUGCGAUCAAUAUUGCCGAUUUGAUUACCGUAAAAGAUGUAAUGAACGAAGAAGGAUUAGGACCGAACGGAGCGAUGCUGUAUUGUAUUGAAUACCUAGAAGAAAAUUUCGAUUGGCUCGAGAAACGUUUGGAUGCGUUAGGCGAUGAUGCUUAUGUGGCUUUUGAUUUACCGGGACAAGUUGAAUUAAGUACGAAUCAUGGCAGUCUUCGAAGGAUAUUGGAAAGGCUACAGAAACGGGAUUGGAGAUUGGUUGCAGUGCAUUUGUUGGACGCUUCACAUAUCACUGAUGCUUCUCGAUAUGUUUCGCUGUUGUUGCUUUCCUUGCGUGCAAUGCUGACGUUGGAACUACCGCAUAUAAACGUAUUAAGCAAAGUGGAUCUCCUCGGUGACGCAGCUGCACAGGUACGCCGGCGGAAUCCAGGCUCAAUCGGAUCGGAUGAUGAAUCAGAUGACGAUGCCGAUAGCGAAGCGACAGAUGAAGAGAAAGACAACACACUUGCGCCACAAGGAGGACUUCCGUUCAAGCUGGAUUUUUAUACAGACGUUCAAAAUUUGGAUUACCUUGUCGAUCAUCUAAAUUCUUCUAUGGGUCCACGUAGGACUGCAAAAUUUGCCGAAUUGAACGAAAAGAUUUGUGAAAUGAUCGAAGAAUUCGGAUUGGUUCAAUUUGAGACGCUGGCUGUGGAAGAUAAACGAAGUAUGAUCCGUCUUCAGCAUAUAUUGGAUAAAGCGACGGGAUAUGUCUACAUCGAACAUCCUAAUAGCAAGUCUUCCACCCAGAAUAAUGGUGCAGAAGGACUCAGAGAUGUUUCAUUGCCCAGUCAAGAAGACCCAUCUUUGGCUGCCUAUGAACCAGGUUCUCGCAGAGGUACGGCAGCAUCAGCAGCUGCAUUAUUCUCGGUUGCCGAUAGAGGUGCGCCAACAGGAUGGGAAUCUGCAUUGGACGUACAUGAACGUUGGCUGGAUCACAGAGAAGAAUGGGAUGAAAUCGAAGAGAAAGAAAGGCUAGAAUUACAACAAAGGUGGCAAGAGAGACAAGCACAAGAAGCAAAACAAAGUGAAGCUUUUGAAAAGGAAGCAAUCAAUUUGAAACCGAUCAAAGAAAGAUCAUAAUACAAUCAAUGUACACUAUCAUCAAACAUGCUCAUGUAUAAUACAAUUUUGCGCACAUCAUAUAUGCUAUUAUUACAAUUCAGCCAUUUCGGC